AAGGAAAGGUAGUAGUAGCAGAGUUUCUACUGAAAAUAUUCUUCCUAUUUGAUCAAGCAAGUAACCCAAAAACGAAAAGAAAAAGAUCGGAAAUGGAAGAAAUGAUUAUGGAAGGGAGUUUAUUAACAGAGAUAAUGAAGAUGGCCAUGAAGACUAGUGAGAAACAAAUCCCUCUUGGAUCUCACUGGGAAUUUUGUUAUUCCAUUCUCCUAGGAGAUGUUCAGAAACUUGUGUUUGGAAAGACUUCCAAGAUUCCCACUAUGCUUGGAACCGAUUCUCACUCUAAAUAUUACUUCGCUAUGAAGCGAUAUUUAGGCCACGACAAGUUACUAGAUGCUUUCUGCAUUCUCUAUUGUAUGAGCAGGGCAAUUGAUACAAUUGAGGAUGACCCUACCAUACCUUCUGAGAUAAAGGUGCCUAUCCUUGAAGAUUUUCAUCGUCACAUAUAUGAUCGCAAUCUUCCAAUUUCAUGUGGCGACAAACACUACAAAGUCCUGAUGGACCAAUAUCAUCACAUCUCAACUGCAUUGAUGGACCUUCCAAAAGGUUGUCAAAAUUCAAUUCAAAACGCAAUGAAAAUAAUGGGUGCAGCAAUGGCCAAGUUUAUACUAAAUGAGGUACAAACGGUUGAUGAUUACACCGAGUAUGUUUGCAAUGUUACUGGAGUUGUUUUCCUCGAAAUGUCGAAAAUCAUGCACGCCUUGAACUUGGAAGAUCUGAUUUCGGAUCACCUCCCCAGUUCCAUCGGUAUACUGGCUGAGAAAUUACACAUGAUUACAGACUUUUACGACGAUAUGAUUGAGAUACCAAGAGGACGCAUAUACUGGCCUAGCCAGAUUUGGAGUAAAUAUGUUGACAAAAUUGAGGACUUGAUAUACAAAGAAAACUCCGAAAAAGCUCUUUGUUGUUUAAAUGAUAUGGUUACUGAUGCAUUAUCUCAUGCGGUGGAUUCUCUAGAGUACCUUUCCACUCUGCGGCAUUGCGGAACUUUCCAAUGUUAUGCCAUUCUUCAGGUUUCUGCCAUCGGAACACUGAGUUUGUGUUACAACAAUACUGAAGUUUUUAGAGGAGGAGUGAGAAUGAGUCGUGUUUCAUUGAAACGAGCGGAUGUUCACGAUCUGGCCAUGGCUGGUGUUUAUCAAGCUGUCUACGACUUUUCGAGUACGCUGAAGAUGAAG